AUGCACGCGCUGGCCUUUUCGGGAGCAGAGCAGAUGUUGGCCAGGCGGAGGAGAUACAGCACCCACAUCAAUAUCACCAUCACCAUAUCCGCGGACCUGGAGCAUAGGAGGUCUCGGGGCGUCUGCCGUUCUAGUCGGAACCGAGCACGCUGCUGUUUCACAGCGUGCAAUGACUCUUCGUCAUCUUUCGCCAGCAUCCAAGAGGCAUAUAUUCACGAAGACACGGCGCACACCAUCUGGGUGUGCAUCAGUUGCAAAUAUGCCUUUUCGCAGUCCAACCAUGCAUUGAGGCAUAUCAAGCUCGAGCACCCCAUGAUCGUCGUAGCGGAGACGGCGAUCAAAGUGCUGUGGAUGCUGCAUCGACCGGCUGGACAUGCGUUUUCGAUGGAGUUGGGAUCGUGUGUCGACCUCGAACGCCCAUUGGUGAAAUUGCCCUUCGAAGAGGGAGUCUCGCCAAGUAACACGAGGCUGCUGCUGCUCCACGAUAGCAAUAAUCCUCCGGAAUAUAUGAAGGCCGCCGUAACGCGAUACCUCGCGGCCAAUAUGACGACGUUGAAUGCCUUCUUGGCGGAUACACUUCCAUUGGAUGAUGCGAACGGGAGAUUUUUGACCGGUUAUAUCGAACAGCAGACCCAGAUUCCGCUCGGUCAAGCCGGCGAAGCAAAGCCUUGGGGCAACACCGGUAGCGUCCCAACAACAUCGGCGCGGCUAUCAUCGGUGCAGUCAGCGUCAGUUCAGCCGACUCCGUUAUUCACUGACCCGAAUGCCAAGCCAGCCUUCUUCGACGCACCCGCCUACCAGGCUCGCAGGCCGCACCGCGAAUCAUCAUGGCACGUGCCACAAGUCCUCACAUCCGGCGAGGCACCGGAGCCGCGUCCCCGUCUUCACCGACGAACCUCAUCGGGGGGCUUCGAGCCGCUACAAGAAAAGUCGCUCUCAGGCGAGAAGCAACGCGAGUAUUUCCUGCAGAUGCAGGACUGCAUCGUCGAGGCAGCGUUCGACUUCUACAUCCGGCACCACAAGAUCCUCGACACCGUGACAGACCGGAAGCGACGGCCGCUCUGCUGUGCCACCGCGGGCCGCGAGCGGAUCACGAACAAGAACGACCUCACCCUGCCGCAGUGGACGCAUCUGCUCCGGCGACUGUCGGAUGCGAAGGGCCUCCUGCGCAACAUGGUCUCGCGCCUCGAGUCGUUCAAUGGCGAGAUCCAGCCGGUCGACGAAGUGCGCCACGCCUAUUCGAAAAAGAAGGAGAAGUCGGAUCGCGACGUGCUGGCGCUGGUGCAGGUGACGCGGUGCUUCUGCUGGCAGCUGAGGGAUUGGGAGAAGUGCAGCCAGCUCGACGACCUUUACGAGACGGUCGAGGCGCGCAUCGCGCUUGCGAAGAGGGAGAAGGAGUGGCUGAUGCAGGGCGUAGACGCGACGCCACUGCGGCCGAUGCCGCCUACAAGAACGAGUGCGACGUGGCCGAAGGUCGCGCAAUAG